CUAAAGUGCCUUGGUUGCAGGGCAUUAGUUUCAUCCUCUUCUUUUUGCAUGGUAUUGAAUUUCAAGUGAGCAUUUAUGAAGCAUGAAAAUAUUCAGUGGUUGGCGUCGUUUUGCUUUUGGUCUUCUUUUAAUUUUCCUCGUUACUCAUCUGUUUUCUGUCAGGGAGCUGAACAACUCAAAAAUGGUGGAAUCCCGUAAACAACUAAACAAGAAAUUUGAUCAUCUGGUUCUUGGUCCUGCUGCUGGCCAAGGCAUGUCAAAUCGUCUGCAAUGCCAAGGAUCAAAAGCUCUUAACAGGACCCAUUCUUCAAACGGCAGAUUAGGUGUAGAUGGAAGUAUUGCAUUUGUCACUGUCUUUACUAUUUAUAAUUCUUCCGUCGAUAAAUUAGAUGAUAAAUCAUCAAAUACAAUUGUUGGCAAUGCUUCAUAUAAUAAGGUGGACAGGUCAAUGGCUGUGUUGAAUGUCUUCAUUAACUUCAUUCAGGUAGCUAUGCCCCAGAGCGAAGUGAUUGUUCUCACAGAUCCAGUUUCGGACCUUUCAGUGCACAGACAUAGGGUCUCUCUGUAUCCCAUACAAGGUGAAUAUUCAAGAGACAAGUUGAUGCUCCAAAGGAUCAGGUCUUACAUUACCUAUUUAGAUACAAGACUUCAUAAGCUUUCUCAGAAUCCGAGGAAUAUUACUCAUUACAUCUUCACUGAUUCUGAUAUAGCAGUGGUUGAUGAUUUAGGGCAGAUGUUUCGUGAUCAUCCUAAUUUUCAUAUGGCUCUGACCUUCAGGAAUAACAAGGCUCAACCUUUGAAUUCAGGAUUCAUUGCUGUAAGGGGUACCCCUGAUGCAAUUUUAAGGGCAAAGCUUUUCCUACAAGAGGUUUUGAAAAUUUAUGUCUCAAAAUACAUAAAUGCUUCGCGCAUGCUCGGUGAUCAGCUAGCUCUUGCUUGGGUUGUGAAGUCAAAACCUCAUUUUGAUGCCAGCAGGUUUGCCAAAACAGUUGCUUUCUCUGAUGACAUUGGUGGUACUUCAAUAUUGUUCUUACCUUGUGCCCUAUACAACUGGACUCCCCCUGAGGGUGCUGGUCAAUUUCAUGGCAUGCCAUUGAAUGUUAAGGUUGUUCAUUUUAAAGGAUCAAGAAAACGUUUAAUGCUCGAAUCUUGGAAUUUUUAUUCCUCAACUCUUGACACUGCCGAUAUGUUAUGCCUCAUUUUGGGAAGUGGAAGAACAAAAUAUGACUUUUGAGAAUGGAUACUUCCAAAAGAUUCAUAUCAUACAUCGCAGUCUCGUCUGACAUCAACGGUUCCCAAUUGUAGGACAGAAAAAUUCAGCUAUUGCUCCUGUGUCAAUUCGGAUUUGAUUGGUGAUAAGGUACUGAUAACUGCAAACCAAAUGGCAGGAGGAGCUGGACCCCUUAAAUAGGUUGAUCUGUUCUACUCAGGAGAGUUUUUUUGGGAAGGCACAGUGUUUCUGUUCCAAUAUAAGCAUGUAGAACGUGAUAUUAUUGUUUUGAAACGAUAGUGGUAUAUACAUUGGAUAAGAUAUUUAAUGAGUUUUGAAUUGCUUGGUUGGGUUUCA